AUGAAUGCUAAGGCAACAAUUGCAGAAUAUGACAUUUCAAGGGAUGCCUACGUGGCUCGCUUCCAUGAGGAAAAGUCAACCAAGAUGCGGCUAUCACUUUGCAUUCCUUGUAUGCCUUGCAUGACCAAGAGGGCAAACCACCAUCUUGUAGGGGGUCUUUUUGUUCCAGCAGCUUGA